AUGGACGAAUACAGCGGGAAUCCAUUCGGACAACAUUAUGCAGGGUACAUGGAUGAUGGAAAGAGUGUCGGCGGCGGGUUCCUUGGUGGAAGUCAGGGUGGCGAGGCUGGACAACGCCGUUUGGGAACGAACUGGCUAAGACCUGUCACAGUGCGGCAGGUAUUAAAUGCAACACAGCCAGACUCAGACUCACCGUUCGAGUUCGAUGGUGCUGAGCUCAGUCAGGUCACAUUGGUGGCAUGGAUCCGCCAAACCAAUCGUAAUGCCACCAAUAUCCAAUACACUUUGGACGAUGGAACAGGUCAACUCGAUGUGCGACAAUGGAUAGAUAAUGCUCUUGACGAGGGUGCGAAGGCUGAUGAGUUUGCACCGAAUCAGUUUGUGCGUGUAUUGGGUGAAAUUAAGUCCUUCAACAAUAAACGCAAUAUUACAGCGGCCACGGUCAACAAGCUUGAAGACCAUAACGAGUACCUCUAUCACCAACUAGAUGUGAUAUACACGCAUCUGCAGCUUAUCAAAGCCGAGGGUAUGCGAAGCACCAAAACAGACGUGUCAUCUACACACGGCAUAGAUGCGUCUGUCUAUGACGACUCCGCUAUGCAGACAGCCGACAGCAUGGCAGCUGAUUUAUCCAGCUUGUCUCCGUUACAAAGGCGGAUCUACCAAGCUAUUGCUGCCGAAGCACCAGACUGGCCCGAAGGUGUCGAUGUACAGCAGAUUAUAAAGCGCUGUAGCAAACAUGCCGAUGUUACUCAAAUCCAGGAUGCCAUUGAUGAACUUGCGAAUGAUGGCUAUAUCUACCAAGCGAGCGAUGACACGCAUUACCUCACGACCGCUGGGUAG